AUGGCAGAAACCGACUACAAAUUCGCAGGAUGGCUGGGUCUCGACAAGGACUCUGUCGACGGUAAGAUGGUCUGGAAGGAGUUCGAGCCAAAGCCAUGGGAGGAGACGGACGUGGAUAUCAAGAUCAGCCAUUGCGGUAUUUGCGGUUCAGAUCUGCAUACCCUCCGAAGUGGUUGGGGCCCUACCCUUUAUCCCUGCUGUGUUGGCCAUGAGAUCGUCGGUACUGUCGUGCGGGUGGGAUCUGAAGUCAAGGAUAUCAAGCUUGGGGAUCGAGUUGGCGUUGGCGCACAGAGCGACUCUUGCCAGGGCCGUCUAGGCGACUGCCCUGACUGUGCCAUGGGAAAUGAACAGUUCUGCAGCAACAAAUUCGUGGGUACCUACAACGGCGUCUAUCUCAACGGCGGCAAGUCCUAUGGCGGUUACGCGCUGUACAACCGCACACCGGCUCACUUCGCCAUCAAAAUCCCUGACAACAUCCCAUCCGCCCAAGCCGCCCCGAUGAUGUGCGGUGGAGUUACCGUGUACAGCCCAUUGAGGUACAAUGGCUGCGGACCAGGCAAACGCGUAGCCAUCGUCGGUAUCGGUGGACUUGGACAUUUCGGUCUCCUGUUCGCCAAGGCCAUGGGAGCUGACAAGGUCGCUGCCAUUUCUCGCAAAUCUAACAAGGCGGAGGAUGCACGCAAAUUGGGUGCGGACAUUUUCAUCGCAACCGACGAGGAGCCCGAUUGGGCGAAGAAAUACGCCAACAGCUUCGACCUCAUUGUCUCCACGAUAUCCUCAUCCAAGGCGCCCAUGGCUGAUUAUAUCGGACUCCUCGCACCGCAAGGUGGCUUGGUCCAGGUUGGAUUGCCCGAUGACGGGAAGCUAGACGCCCCUGUCGGCCCACUCAUCCGGAGGAAGAAGGUCGAGAGCUCCAUUAUUGGAAGCCCCGAUGAGAUUCGAGAGAUGCUCAAGCUCGCCUCGGAGCAGAAGAUCAAGCCAUGGAUCGAAGAACGUCCGAUGGCUGAUGCCAAUGCUGCCAUCAUCGACAUGGGAGCAGGAAAGCCCAGGUAUCGGUACGUCCUGGUCAACGAGGAGAAAGCAUGA